AUGGGUGUACUUGCUGCCAUACAAGACGGAAAUAAGAAAGGAUACAAUCUCAGAUUGACCAUAACAGAUUUGGAUGGUCACAUUUACUAUGCACAUGGCAAUGUCACAACAGCCGCACAACUUCUUGACGCUUUCAAGACUACAAAGAGAGAACAAAUGUAUGACUCCGACUCAGACAUCUUAAAUGCAAUUGAAGGAAUUGUAAGCGUGAAGUUCGAAUGGUACCAACCCAACCCUCAAGCAGUCAGACAACAUGCUGGAUACUUCCCGUUCAGAAAUAAGUCUGACAUUGACUUGACAAGGUAUGGAAUUUACAAUUCAAUUGAAACAAUUGUCAAUGAACCUUGCAUUCUUACAUGUCUCAGGAACUCUGGUCUUGUUACAGAAGAGAAGAUGAAGUAUCUUGAGUCAUGUGUGAAGACAAGGUACAUUCUCAGAGGUCAAUUGGCAAAAAUUGCACCGUUGGCAAAUGUCAAUAUCCGAGUCAACAUACCUACAGCUAAAGGUUCUUCACAUGACGACUAUGUUGUUGAGUUCAAUUUACCAUGGUUGAAGAUUGCAAUUGUCCACAACCACUUCAUGUUGAACGAAAGUCUUACAAACCCAUUGUUCGGAAAAGGCAAGUGCAACAUUGUCAGAGCUGUUAACAUUCUUUUCGAGAAAGGUUUGUUGGAACCAAUUCCAGAUGACAAGCUGACAGAAACUUUUGUACCAAAAGACGAAACAAACUUUUCACUGUUAGCAAGACCAAAAGUUGUUCCAGACAAAGUUCUAGUACAAAAGAAGUACACAAUUCCAAAAGGAGUUGGAUUGUUCGGAUACCAACCUGAACCAGAAGAACUUCCAAUGAGGUUGCAAGAACUUCAAGAUGCUAUAAACAAACUUCCAUUGAGACAUCCAAUUGACGUCAAAUUGUAUUGGAGAGCAUCUGAGUUAGGUCAGAAGGUUUUAUAUGAAACAGGUUGCUUCGACGAUGUUUAUGAGAUAACAGGAGAAGUUUCUCAGAAGAUAAGAGACUCACUUGAAUUUCCACGAACUGGUCCGA